UAAAUAAAUGAAUUGAGUGCUACAUAUAGAGUUAUGGGUAUUACUGUAGCUUAUGCUAUUAGUAGUUUUGGAUAAAUAGUAAUAUAUCUUAUUAUUAUGAUUACUAAAAAUUGGAGAGAAUAAAUAUUAUAUUUUUUGGGUAUUCCCUCUAUAAUUUUAUGUGCUUUCAGUUUUUUUAUUAUUGAUGACUAGCCAAGGUUUUUAAUUUUAAAAGAUACUAAGAAAUGUAUACAAAUGCUAAAUAAAAUAUCAUAAGUAAAUAAAACAAGUGAAUAUAUGUAAAGCAUAUAACUUAGAGAAAUAAGUACCUAACAAGAAAACAGUGGUAAAGAUUUAUCAAAGAAAUAUACAUAUAUUGAUCUAUUCAUUUAUAAAUCAUAAUUAAAAAUUGUUAUUCCUUUAACUUUAGCUAUGCUAUUUUUAAAUACAUUAUAUUAUGGAAGCUAGCUUUCUUUAGAUAGUGUAGGAUUUACAUUCUAAGAAAAUUGUCUUUAUGUUGGUAUUUCGGAAUUAUUAGGAUAUUUUCUAUCAAAUUAUAUUUGUUAAAGAUUUAAAAGGAAAAGAUAUGGAAUAUUAACAAUUUUGAUAACAAGUAUAUUUCUUAUUCUAUGUGGUAUAUUUGAAGUUCCUUUAAGUUGCUUAGAUAAAAAUUGUUAUUAGAAAAAUUUAUAAAUGAUUUUUACAUGCUUUGCCAGAUUCAUAGUUUCUUUUUCAUUUAGCUUUAUUUUAAUAUAAAUUGGAGAAGCUUAUCCAACUACACUUAAAGCUAUAGGGUAUGGAUUUAGUACAGGAUUCUCUUUCUUAGGGGGUGUAGUAAGUCCGUAUAUUAUUGAUUUGUCAAAUAAAAAUGAUUUUAAUCCUAUUAUUAGUUUAGCUCUAGUAGGCAUAUUAAGUUGUGUUUCAUUAUUUUUUUCUUAAGAAACUUUUGGGAAACCAGAUGUUUAGAAUAUCCCUGAAUUAACUCGAUAAAUACUUUAAAGUGAUGGUUUGUAAAACUUGGAAAUUUAGAAAAAUAAAUAAAAAAACAUAAAUAAUAUUCAAACAUAAUGAGUUGAAAGAUUUUUUAAUAAUAUAUAUAUUUAAUUUUUUAUUAUUAAUUUAAGAUGAAAAGUUG